UAAUUUCGUAGUCGAAAUCAGAAUCAAGUCAACACUUCUCGAGUGUGCAAUAACCAAACAAUUCUCCGUAUCCUUCUCCAGUUUAAACACCAAACAUGAAGUUCGUCGUUGCCGUAGUCAUGUUGGCUCUCGCCACUGGUGCUCACUCUUCCUUGUUGGGUGCACAAAUAUCACCAGGAGUCUCAUACAUCAACCCUACCUUGGCUGGACCUCUUUUGGGACUUGGUGGUUGGGCAGGACCAGCCGUAUUGGGCGGACCAGCUGCUGUUACCGCUUGGGGCGGUAUCGCACCCGGCUUGUUGGGCGGCAUUCCCGGCAUUUCGCUCAGUCAAGGACCUCUUGGUGCCGCCGUUGCUGCACCUCUUGUUUCUCCAAUUGCUGCUUCACUUGCUGCGCCACUCGGCACUGGUCCUGGUGUCUAUGUGGCGAAGACUCGUGGUGCUAUUCACACCGCUCCUUUGGCUGGUCACCUAAACUCGGCGACUUCUUUGAAUUUGGCACCGGCACCAGGCACUUUGUAAGCAUUGGGAACCAUUCAACGCUACAUGAAACCUACUUAGUCACACUGAAAAGAUAUCAUUUGUUAACAAAUACAAUAUUUUUACUUGGAAAACACCGUUACUUCAUACAUACAUACUUACAUUACACACAUUACUUUACAUUUAUAUAUGUACGCUUGUUAUGGAAGCAAAGCUUUUACGCUCUCCUAUGUUCUGUACCCCACGUUUCUGAACCACAAUCCAUAUCCCACAAUAAAUAAAUAUUAAUAAUAAAAAAUACACAUAAUUAUA